AUCAUUGUCGUCAUUGUCGUCGACGUCAUUAUUCAUUUCAAGGACUUUUUAUUCUCUCUUUUUUUUUUUUUUUUCUUCUUUUUUCUCUUUCGCGUUAAGAGUUUUGGUACAUAACAGAUGUAUAAUUCCAAGGAAGCAAGUUUUUUUGCUCCCGUCCGUCUCUUUUAUUCCCCUGUCCUGCCUAUUGCCCCCUUCACUCUCCUUUAUUCCUCGAUCCUCGUCAACUUUUUUUUUUUUUAAUGGGGUCCUUUUAUGGAAUGAUUUGACGAUGUCACUAUGGUUACGAACGAUAGAGAAACAAAAAGAGAAAGUUCACGGUACUUUGAUGAAAGAGGAAAUGGACAUGAAAGGUUCUCAACUUUGCAUUCUCGAUUACUAUUAUGAAAUAAUAAUUUUGCGUCGUCUAUUUGACGUAACUGAGAGCGCGAAUUUACGUAUCGUUGUUUAAACGUCGUUAAAUAAAAAUAAUCACUCGACGUUCUUCUUCCUUUUUUAAUUUUUUUCAUUUAUUCUUUCGUUAUUUUACUUCUUUAAAAAUAAUUUUUUUUUGUUCAUCUCCUUCCUCUUUCCUCCCUCCGUCUCUUUCACCUCUCCCUCUGCCCCCAAACUCAUUAUCCUUAUCGAGAGAGAGAGAAAGAGAGAGAAAGAGAGAGAGAGAGAAAAAAAAGAAAGAAAGAAAAGAAAUAUAAUGACUUGGUUCGGUACGAUCGCUAAUAAUGUGUUACGAAAUAUUGUGUUUACGGCUCCUCCACCUAAUAUGGUUUUAACUGUCAAAACCGAUCAAUAUAGUAAUCGGCUUAUUCUUUGUCGAGAGGAUGGCAUUGUACUAUACAGACCUGGUGAUAAAGGUAUUGAGAAUAAAUAUGAGAUCAUACUUCAUAGACCCUGUACAGAAACAUUGGAUCAAGCUUAUAGCUUAUAUCGAACAGAUGAUAUAGCCGAAGGUGAAACACAUUUCCUGAUAUACAAAGAUAAAGUUCCUGUUUUAGUUCAAAUAUCACGUGAGAUGAGCAACGUGAGCAAGAUACAGAGAUUAUGCGACACUUUGGUAGAACAUCCAACAUGGACCUUGGCUCAUUUGGCGGCUCAUUUUGCACUUUAUGAGGCAUUUAAAAAUACGGUGGUAAAUAGUCAAUUGAAUAGCAGCGAUUUAGAUACAGGAGUAUCGCCGUUGCAGGUAGCAGUACAAACAAAAAAUUUGCGAACUGUACAAAUGUUAAAAGCUGCUAAUAGCUCAUUGGAACAUACCGAUAAACAAGGGAACACGGUCUAUCAUUAUGCUGCUACAUCAACCAAAGAUAUUAUUUUAACGAUUAAAGGUUUAUCUAAUAGUUUAAAUAGUAGAAAUAAUGAUGGUUAUACGCCUUUACAUAUCGCUUGUAUGAACGAUGAACCAGAAUGCGUAAAGGCACUUUUAUUAAUUGGAGCAGACGUUAAUAUACCACCGUCUGAUGGACAACCCUCUAGUCCAGGAUACGUAGGUGAUUUCUUACAUAAUAAACCUAAUGUCCUUUAUUCGGAAGACAUGAGAUUUGGUGGUACACCGUUACAUUGGUCUCAUAGUAGACCGGUCGUAAAUGCUCUGAUCGAACAUCACGUUGACAUAGACGCUGUAAAUUUUCAAGGACGUACAGCUUUACACGUUAUGGUUAUAAGAAAACGUUUGGAUUGCGUGGUGGCUCUAUUGAGUCAUAUGGCUUCCGUAAACAAAGUCGAUCAGGAUGGUAAUACACCAUUACAUUUGGCCGUGUCAUCAGGGACAAUAGCAAUUGUACAAGUUCUCGUUGGAUUUGGAGCUGACAUAAAUGCAAGAAAUUGGAAAUCCGAAACACCAAGACACAUGAUUAAUCUUAAUAAUAACGAUGGUCAAAAGAUACUUUAUAUCUUACAUGCCGUUGGUGCACAACGUUGUCCAUACGAGAUGAAGGAUUGUAAUAUAGGAUGUAAAUACGAUGAGAAUUACAAUGGUAUUAGAUUGAACGAAGUACCAAGAUCUAUGCCACGUACUACAUUGGAUCAAAUGUUACAUGUAUCCGGUAUGGAAGUAAUGGCGUCAUUUGGAAAAAGAAAGAUGAAAGGUGGAAGAUUAUUAUGUCUCGACGGUGGUGGAAUACGUGGAUUGGUAUUGAUACAAACCUUGUUAGAAAUUGAAUCGAUAUUGAAGAAACCUGUAAUAGAAUGUUUCGAUUGGGUUGCCGGUACUUCGACCGGUGGAAUUUUAGCACUUGGUUUGGCAUCAGGGAAAUCAUUGAAGGAAUGUCAAGCUUUAUAUUUUCGUAUUAAGGAGGAUGCUUUCGUUGGUUUUAGACCUUACAACAGUGAGGGCUUAGAGAAUAUAUUAAAAGAUUGUUUAGGUCCGGAAACGGUAAUGGCCGAUAUAGAAAGACCUAAAUUAAUGAUAACAGGUGUAUUGGCCGAUCGUAAACCCGUUGAUUUACAUCUUUUUCGUAAUUAUGAAUCUCCUAGUGAAUUAUUAGACGUACCAAGGAAUACAGAUUUCAAAGAUACAUUAUCACCAGCUGAACAAUUAUUAUGGAAGGCGGCACGUGCUACCGGUGCAGCGCCAUCAUAUUUUCGUGCUUUCGGUAGAUUUCUCGAUGGUGGACUUAUUGCCAAUAAUCCGACAUUAGAUGCCAUAACGGAGAUACACGAAUAUAAUUUGGCAUUGAAGGCCGUCAAACGAGAAUCCGAGGUUAUACCAUUGUCAUUGGUUGUAUCCUUGGGUACAGGAUUAAUACCGGUUGAACCAUUAACCGAUAUAGAUGUGUUUAGACCAGAGGGUUUAUGGGAUACGGCUAAAGUGGCCAUGGGUAUAACAGCAUUGGGAUCUUUACUUGUAGAUCAAGCCACGGCUAGCGAUGGAAGGGUAGUUGAUCGUGCUAGAACCUGGUGUUCUAUGAUUGGCGUACCAUAUUAUAGAUUUAAUCCGCAAUUAUCAAUUGAAAUAGCCAUGGACGAGAAGAAGGAUGAAAUAUUGGCGGACAUGAUAUGGACCGCUAAAGCAUUCAUGCAUGCCAAUAGAAAUCAAAUUAAUGAAUUAGCCGCUGUUAUUAAUCGGGAUGAAUAGAUCUGAAAUUCUGUUGCGGGGAUCUGUAAUGCGGAGUUUUUGUUUCCUUGUUUUUUUCUUUUCUUUCUUUCCUUUUUUUCUUUUUUUUUUUUUCUUUUCUUUUCUUUUCUUUUCUUUUCUUUUCUUUCCUUUCGUUUCGAUUAUUUUUUUUCUUUCUCUCCGGGGGUUUUUCUUUCUUUCUUUCUUUCUUUCUUUUCGUCUUGAUUAUUUUCUUUUCCUUUUUUAUUUUAUUUUACUUUUUAUCUCCUUUCGAAAAAAAAAAGAAAAAAAAAAAACCAAAAAAAGAAAAAAAAAAAAAGAACUUCAAUCGUUUAUCAUUUUAACGCACAAUUCGUUUAUCUUACGUUACAUUAA